AUGGGAUUACUAAGGCCGAGGGAAAGAGUAAUUGUUAAUGCUAUAAGGAGGGAAAGCAGAAUAAAAUACAAAGCGAAGCGCAUGCAUAAACGAUUUCGAUCAUGGGCUCAACAAAGAGUACGAGAAUAUUGGCUUCCAAUGAAUGUGUGCUUAACAAGUCAGGUAGAUUUAAUGGAUGGACAAUACAUUUCUGCGUGUGUGCAAAAAGCUGCAACUUUAAGAAAGCAUGAUUACGAAUUGUGGAAAGGAUAUAGUGAAAGGAUUUUAGAAAUAUGUGAAACGUUAACACCUCAACAAAUCGGAUAUAUAUUUUAUGGAAUGGGAAAAAGUCGAUUUUUAAACACCAGAUUUUAUGAAAAAAUAUUAACAAGUGUGCAAAAAAAAUUACCUAGUUUUUAUAGCCAUCCUUUAAUGUGUAUUGCUUGGUCAUUAAAUAGAGUAUUAAUUAAGAAUGAAGAAUUUUUCACCAUUUUUUGCCAAACAGUUAUUGAAAAAUUUGAUGAUAUUAGAGUAAAAGAUUUAAUAAAAAUAAAUAACGCCAUAGCCAGGUUAGGUAUUAAUAAUAAAAAUUAUAAAAAAAUUAUGAACAGUCAUAUAAUAAAUAAAUUGGAAACAAUAUUUGCUCAAGAUUUUCGAAACGUUAUUAAUGAUGUUACUUUAAUUAACCUAUAUGAAGAUGAAGUUAAGAAAUAUAUCUUAACAAGAUUUAGUAACAUGUUUAUAUGUGCAAGGCCACAACAUUACAAAAGUGCAUAUAAAUCAGCAGUAGCUGUAAGAGUAUUAUUUCCAAAUGUAUGGAAUUCCUUGUCAAAUAAGGUAAAAAGUUUUUAUGUUAGACUAAGUAUGAGAAGAAUUCCAGAAAAAUGUAGAAAACCAUCUGAAUUUCAAUGGGAGGUUUCUAACUGUUUAGCCAAAUUAGGUAUUAGUCAUAGAAAUACAUUUCUAUGGGGUUGUUAUUUUAUAGACAUAGGAGAAACGAAUGAAAAAAGAAAUUGUUGGUUCAUAGAUGGGCCAUCUUGUUUUUACACGUCCACAAAUCAAUAUACUGAAAGCGUAAAAUUAGAACAUAGAAUUCUGCAUGAUCUUGGAUGGAACAUCAGGAGAAUUGUUUGGCUAGAUUGGAUACAGUUUGAAAAUGAUUGGAAUAAAAAAGUUAGCUAUGUAAAAGCACAACGGCAGAACCAACCCAUGGGUAAAACACUAACUCAUAUGCCUCUCAUCCCUCCGGAUGAAAUCAAAAAUAAAUUGAAUCAGCUAAAAAAGUACAAAGUUGUGAAGGAGCAGCAGAAAAUGGAAAAUCAGGAAAAGAUACACCUCAUCAUGUGA